CAGGCGGUGAUGCCUCACUUCGUGUGCCUGGCGGACGCGUUCCCGCAGCCCGUGCGGUCCUCCAAGCUGACCAAGGGCAAGGGCCGGCUGCGGCGGCCGCGCCAGUCCCGCUUCAAGACGCAGCCGGUGACCUUCGACGAGAUCCAGGAGGUGGAGGAGGAGGGGGUGUCGCCCAUGGAGGAGGAGAAGGCCAAGAAGUCCUUCCUGCAGAGCCUGGAGUGCCUGCGCCGCAGCACGCAGAGCCUGUCGCUGCAGCGGGAGCAGCUCAGCAGCUGCAAACUGAGGAACAGCCUGGACUCCAGCGACUCCGACUCGGCCCUGUGAGGGCGCCGCCGGCAGCGGCAGCAGGGACGCACGCCUCCGGGGCCCGCCGGGGACCAGCGUGCGAACCCCGGUAGGGCCCGCGCCCUGGGGACCCCGGGGACCCCUGAGGACCCGGGACGACCGCCCCUCGCGCUCGCUGGGACUCCCGCCAAACAGAACUGGUCGGUGCGCCUUGUGCUGCGCUGGUCCUGGGUCCGAGCGCGCCGGGGGCGCCAGGAAGGGAGCCGCUUCUCUGCCCUUGUACAUGUUUAUUUUUAAACUCUGCCCAGUACGAACUCUGCUGUGAGUGUGUGCGGGGAGCGCACCCGAGCCGGGUCGCCGGCGUCGCCAGGGCUCCCUGGAGAGCCGCUCCACGCCCUUGCCCGAUGGGUUGCAACUCCGAUCUUGCACACCGCUCCACCGCCGCGCCCCCCAGCGCACCCAGUGCACACUCACGCCAACAUACGCUCGCUGAACACUUUUAUAAUCGUUAGGCGCGGCCGAUGGGACUUGGUGCAGCGCAGCCGCUGCUGUGGCCGGAGGAUGGGUAUUUAUUUUUGCAUUGCGAUGGCUGGCGGCGUUUAUUUAACGGUCUUUUUACCUGGAUAUGUCUAUGAGGCUCCCGAACGGAGACAAAUAAAGUCAAUAUAUUUGCACAGUG